UAAGAUCGAAUCACCUCUCAGUAUCCGACGCAUUAUCGUACAGUUCGAACGCGGCAAUGUUCUUCGAAAGCUUUCUAUUGAACUUAGCUAUUUUGGCAGCUCUAAUAGUCGCCCUUAUAUUCGACUAUGUUACUAAAUUCUUUAGCUACUGGUACAUCCGCCAUGUACCUUACAAGAUACCGAUUCCUUUCUUCGGAAGUGAUUAUCACCGGGUAUUGAAACUUCGAUCAACGUCUGAGGAAGUAAGAAACCUUUACUCUAAGUAUCCGGAGGCGAAUUUCGUAGGUGUCAUCAAGAGUCGAAUACCCGAGUUGAUUGUGAAAAACCCGGAUGUCAUCAAGAAAAUGCUGUCGACGGAUUUCGCGAAUUUCCAUUGCAGAGGCAUCGGUCUCGACAGAUCUCGGGAUGUUUGCUUAAGAAACAAUCUAUUCUAUGCCGAAGGUGAAAAAUGGACCUUACUCCGAGAGGGAUUGGAGUGUUUAUUGAACGGAAUGCACCGUGAACCUGAUGUCAGUUUACAUGUCUGUUUGUCAGGAACCAAUGAAGUUGUGAAUGUUCGAGAGCUGUUGUCAGAAAUAUUGGACGCCGUGUUUAAGGAUUGCCUCUUUGAGGGAAAGGACGACGGACUUGUACUUAAAGAUUUACGUCAGUCUAUACAGCGUCGCACUUAUUCGGAGAAAUUCAAAAGUUAUUUGAAAGAAAUAUUUCCUUCUGUAUAUACUUUGUUUGGAUUAACCACCGUUUCAGGAUUAAUGACCACGAAAUCCAAUAAUGUCUUGAAAGAAUCAAAAUUAUUGACAAAGAUUCAACAAACAGGACUUACAGAUCAAAUUAAUACGAAAAACAGGAAAGCAACUAAGUCAGAAAACGUAACAGAAUUGGAAUUGGCAUAUUCAAUCCUUAGUCUAUUCAUAACUGAAGGUUACAUACCAUGUCUUAAUGUUAUAACUUCCUUGUUGUUUGAAUUAGCAAAGAGCCCAGAAAUCCAAGAAAAAAUCAGAACAAAUAAUUCAUUUAGCGUCGAUUAUUUAGAUGCUUGUAUUAAAGAAGCUUUACGUUUGUACUGUCCAUACUCAGUUAUAACCAGAAAGUGUGUCAAAGCCUACGAAAUUGCAGACAGUAAAAUGAUGUUGGAUAAGAAAAUCACUGUAACGGUACCGGUAGAAGCAAUUCAUAAAGACUUGAAGCAUUAUAAGAACCCUUGUGCUUUUAACCCGGACCGGUUCUUGGAAAGUGAAAAUGAAAUGAGGCAUACAUUCGUGUACUUACCUUUUGGUGCUGGACCUCGCAAAUGUAUUGGUGAACAAUUAGCUAUGGAGAUUAUAAGAAAAGUGACGAAAGCUGUUCUUGAGAAAUAUAAAAUUGAGACAACAGAAAGAACACCAGCACAACUAACCUUUGUAGAUCAUAAUUUCAUGAAAAUCAUUAAAGAUGAUGUUUGGCUCAAGUUCACGCUUUUAAAAUCUUAACUUGUGUUAUUUACAACAUAACAUUCAUAGUAUCGUUUCUGGGGUUGGUAGAAGCUUUGAAGGAAACAAAGACGCAUUGUACACUGUUUGUGAAAAGAACUUGGUGAAAUUAUUAAUAUUUUUGGGUCUACUUAUUUAUUUGAAAUCAGUAUAUUUAUUAUAUAACACA